AUCAUCAGCGGGCGUUCUGACGCUCACGUUUGGACGACGGCUGCGUUCAUGAUUUAAAAAAAAAACAACAACAACAACAAAUGGGUUGUGGCAAUUCGUCGGCAGCCAGCACCUCAGGAGGGGGGCCAUCCGAAGCCUCCAGGGAUGUGACAGAAGAUCCCUUAGCAGACGAUGAGAAAAGAAGGAAUUAUGGCGGCGUGUACGUGGGUCUCCCGGCAGACUUGACCACGGUGGCAGCAAGUCAGUCCAAAUUGAGCCGAAAAGACUAGCAGUGUGAAGAGGAUCCCACAGAGGCUGCCCCCCCCCCCCCCCUCUGUGGACGCCACCCUGGACGCAUGGUGACGUCACUGCUGACCGACUGACGAGUCGGCCCUUUGAACGCGCUUGCUCGAGUCAAGAUGCAGACAUUUCACCGGGUCUCUGAAGAUUCGUGGCAUCGUCACAGGAGUUAUUGGGGACACCAUCAAUGAUACAUCCUUCAAAUGUCAAAAGUUGGCCGUGGAAAUGGGCAAGCGCACUUCAGUGGACUUACAAGGCAUCAGCGAGCAGAGAUCAUCGUGACGGCCAUCUCGGCGUGUCAGUCACAGUGAUGAAAUGUCGCCGGCCAAUUAAGAUUUCCUUUUUUCCUCAUUAGCGCGCCGCAAAUAACAAUGACCGCUUUGGAGACUCAGUGUGCGCUUUGGACACAAUUGAGAAGGUCGUUCAAGCGACGCUCACGGGUCACGAUAGGAGGUCCACCUCCACAUACCUUUUGCCUUAUUAUUCAACCAUUUAAAAAAAAAAAAAACAAAAAAAGUCAAAUUAACAAAAUCAUUUCGAAUGACAGUGAACCCCGCAUUGUCGCAGUUCAGCACAUUUGUAAAUCUAUCGGGGGACCACUGAUCCCAAGAUACUUGCUGAAAAAGUCACUUCCGUGCAGAUUUUGUGCUAAGGCAAGAGCGUACUGCAGCCUUUUACAGCUUGCGACCUUUUGAAAACGUUGAGUGGCGGGUCCCCUUCCAAAGCAAGAAAUUAAAUCACCGCUCUGCUUCUGAUGAGCCGUCCAACAAAGACAUCAUUUCCAAAAUUGCUGACAGGUAGAGGACAGGCUUGAAAAAAAAAGAAAAAUACACACACACACACACACACACAGAA